AUGUCGUUUGCACUUAUAAAACUAGCUUCUGUAUUAGAAAUAAUUGACCUACGAGUCGCUGCAAUGGCUAAGAACACAGUAGUAAUCGCGAGGAACUGUCUGAGCAACAAAUACUGA